AUUUCCGGCCGAAAUUUCUUGGAAAACUAUCGCAUUUAUCAUAACCAAACUUCAAGUUUCAAGCCAGAGGCGUUACGCUUUUCUCACACACAUACCUGAAAUGUUACAUCAGCCUCGACCACGUGGCGAGUUAACAACGUCGCCUCGCAAGGUGUACUCAAAUAAAUUCGAAUGAAUUCAAAUAGAAGAUAAAAUUUCUUUUGUAACUCUUAUUCGGGAAAAAAGGAAAGAAAAUUGAGUGGAAAAUCGCCCCUAACGAAAUAAUAAUAUUAAUAAUAAAGGGCGAAUUCGACACCAAAUUGAUGGCAUUUUCAUCAUCAUCAGUUUCUAUUAUAUCGGGAAGAUCAACGUGUUUACGUCCGGCUCCAACAAGUGGCCAUCAGCGGCUACCCUCGAAUUACCGCCACCGGCGACGACGGCGUCGUCAUUUUCCUUCUCUUUUCAUCCUUUUAGACGUCGCGGAAAACGGCGGCGACUCCUCCUUCUCCUCCGAUGAUCCUACGUGAUUCUGGGCACAGAACCGGACGGAUAUAAAAGCCUGAGGGUGUCUCACAGGAUACAUCAGUCGAGUUUGAGACAACCACCAAGAAACUAACUUAUCACCACUUCAUUUCUUAAUCAAAAGGAAAUUUUAUUUCAAAGCGAUGUUCCGAUCCCUCUUUAUCGUCCUCUGCUGCCUUUCGGCGGCCCUCACACGCCGAUUAAACAUCCGAAGUGUGCACGACAACGAAGUGGACGCGUCGUCUUCAUCGUCGGAAUCGUUUGAAGCACCCCGAGUUGACAGUUGGGUCAGAAUAACUAAAUUCCCCCCCAAAGAGGUCACUGUAAAUUUCGGGGAAAUCGUCGAAUUGGAAUGCGAAGCCCACGGAGGGUACCCAGCACCCAUUAUCCAAUGGUACAAAGACACCAUCAAAGUCACCGAUAAUGAGCGCUUCUCAAACGUAAUUAGUAGUUACCCAUUGAAAGGGCUUGCUAACGCCAAGGCGAAAUUGAGAAUCGUCGCUGCGCAAACCGAAAUUUUCUUCUGCCGAGCCCAAAGCGGGAAUAAAAUGGCCAAAGCUUCCACGAAAGUUAUUGUUGUUGGAAAGGGACUCAGCGAGUUCAUCGCCAACGAAAUAAGACAAUUAAAAGCAGAACCGCGAAAAGAUGAAUUAGAUGGGGCUAGAAUCGUCUUUUACGACACUAUUUAUAUGAACAAUAUCGGAAACACCGCCGAAUUUCCAUGCAAAUCCGUCGGAAACCCAUCUCCUGAUAGUAUUUGGUUAGGUCCUAACAACCAAUACAUCGAACCAGGUGCGGAUCAUCGAUUCACUAUUUUACCUUCCGGAGGAUUAAGAAUAAACGGUUUACGUUGGAACGAUAUGGGGCCUUACACUUGCGUGGCGAAAAAUGAUCACGGGGAAGAUAGUAUACAGACGUUUUUAUAUCCAAUGUUGGCCGAUAAAUAAUUUCCACCAAAUUAAACACAAACAAAAAGGUAUUACGUCCAAAAAAGUGGGCACAAAUCGCCAAACGUCUAGUCGUAUAACUAUUCGAAAUCUAAAUAUUAAUUAAAUAAGUUAAAAAGGAAGUAAUGUUAAGUAAACGAGACUCAUUAAUUUCUCAAAUUAAUUUAUUUUAAUAACUACGAAACGUAUUAUUUAAUUAGUUAAGAUUGAAUUAAUUUAUUUUUUCGUACUUAGUUAGGAUUAAUUUUUUUACUUAAAUAUUAUAUUUGUAUUAUUAUUGCUUUGUCUUUGAGACAUGACUCAAAAAAAAACAAUACUGAAAGAAAAAGACCAAUAUACGUAAUCGUUCUUGCUAUUGCUCGUAAAAGAAA